AUGAAUAUGAUGAUGUUUCAGAUAAAUAUGGUUGGAGUUCCAGACCCUCCUGAUCCAGUAGAUCUACCAAACUUUAAGUUUACUGCACUCAGACAGAUAAAGUUGGGAGAUGACAGUACACUGCCAGACUCUUUGAACCUGCUGGCAAUAUCAAACAAGAGUGGUCAGCUGUUUGCUGGUGUUGGAAAGAUUCUUCAUAUCAUUCAAUCAAAAGAUGUCGAAGCACAGGAUAACUGUGAUAAGAACGUAAGAGGAACUGAGAACACAGAGUUCACCUCCUGCAAGGUUCAACUUCCUGCAGAUAUUCUACAUGUAGGAAUCAGUUGUGAUGAUCUGGUUUUAUCUGUAGUUGUAAAUCUACCAACAUUCCCGGUCCUCUACCUCUUCGACACUAGGGGGCUAGCCACAGCGGACACUCCCUUCAAUCAAGUUUGCUUGAAUACUACUGUGUCUGGUGUGGGUAUAUCCCAGGUAUCCUGGAACCCGGCUCUCACUGGUAUAUUCUCCGUCACCUUCAACGAUGGAAGCUUUGUCAUGUACACACUUAAGGAUGAUGGAAGUUUAGAUUGUCAAAGUUUACCCCCAGCUGUAGGUAUUUGUGCCGUAUCCUGGUCUCCGAAAGGCAAACAGUUAGCAGCGGUCAAGAAGGAUAGAAGUGUUACCCAGUACAAACCAGAUCUAAAGGAAGCUAAAACGUAUCCUGGUCCUGAGAUAUCUGGAUUCAAGCCUGUAUCCAUAUUUUGGAUAUCUACAUACGAGUUUCUUGUGGGAUAUUUGGAUGAAUCGGAUCCAAGUAACCGGGCCGGCCUCUGGUUGAUAAGAGGCAGUAAGGCUGGAUCCACAGAGUAUACGUUCUUUGAUGACAUCACUUACUCUACAGGUGAAGAUCGAAAGAAAAGGUUUGAGAGUGUCGGUAUCCCUGAAUGGAACUAUGUGAUAGUUGGAUCUGGGAAUAGUGUUGAAAUCUCUAUGUUGACCCUGGAGGGUGAAAGCUGGAGGCAGGGAAUGCUGGAUGAUAGUGGCAGAGCAGAGAUCCCACUUUCUAAGGGUAGCGGAGAAACCUAUCCUGCCGGGAUGGUUCUGAAUCUGAGUGCGGAGCGGAAUACUCCAGUCGGAGAAAGUUUUAUUCCACCUUCUCCAAUUCUUCACGUUCUCUCCUCUGACGGACAUCUUUGCUCCUUCUCCUGUGUUAAUACUACACCUGGAGCUCCCUCCCUGUGUACCACUGUCCCUGGACUACCUCAAGAGGGCAUAAGACAUGGUACAGUUAAAUAUCCAGAACCUUCUGUUCCUAAACAUCAGUCCGUCCCCAUUCCUGCAUCCCUACCACCCCCACCAUACUCCCAACCUAAGCCUAGUCUGGAUAAAUCCCAGGUUCAGUUUAGCUCCGGUAUCUUUAAUCCCAGCUCUGCAUCCUUUAUCCAGUCUACCCCUGUUAAACCCUUUGGAGCAGUAGAACCUUCUUCUUCCACCACCGCUACCGGAGCUCCAUUCGGAGGUCUCUUUAAACCCGCGGAGGGAUCUCUAUUUGGAGGAGGUUCCAGCACUCCAUUUGGAGGAGGUGCCAGCACUCCAUUUGCAGGGUUCGGAAAGCCUAAAGAAUCGGUUCCUUCGCCGUUAAGUAAACCUAUUUCUAAGGAAACUACUCCAGUGAGUAAAGAGCCUACACCUGCUCCUGUAGAACCUAAUCCUACUCUGAAAGAACCAACACACACGCCCAAAGAGCCUACUCCCUUUGUCACAAAACCAAUUCCCCCGACUAAAGAACAUCCUUCUGUAAAUCCAAGCAAUUUAGUCAGUACCCGAAAUGUCCCUGAUGAGACUGCUAAGAGAAGGUUGAAUAGAAAGAUUGAUGAGGAGUUCAAAACUUUUGAGGAUAAGCUUGCUGCACUCAGAGAUACCGUCUAUAGUCUGAAGAUUGAUAUUGGAACUCAGGAGGACAAGGUAAACCUUGUGACGAGGACGGAGAUCCUCAAAAGGUUCUCUAAAGAGGUUCUGGAGACAACAACCUGCCAGAGCAAAGAAAUAGCAGAUCUGAAGGCAGAAGUUGCUGAGACUGCUGCUUGGAUGCAUGAAGCCCGAAGUAGGAACCAGGAAAGAGGAUCUCAUGGAUACUCAAGGAUAUUAAGAUCUAGACCACUAGACCCAAGGAGUUCUCGGAAAAUGAAUGAGUUGACCAGCUUGUACCAGUAUAUAGAGCUCCAGGUAGAUGAAGCAAACACCAAGCUUGACUCAGACUGGGAGGAAAGGAAGAUGAGUUUGAGGCGGGGGGCUUCCAACAUUAACCAGGAGGAUAUCUUUGCUGCUUUGCUGACAAACCAUAAGGUUGUUGAGGAGCAGAGGUGUCGUGUCAGUCAUCUUGCACAGGAGAUAAGCAAAGUUAAGAUAAACAAGACAACCCUGUCAGGGGGCAAACAGUCCUCUCUAGGUAGAGCUAGAGGAGAAUCCGAUGCUGAGAUGGAGAUAAGAAAGCUUGCUGAGUCCUUCAGAGAUAAAUCCAAACUGAGUUCCUAUCCUAAAAUAACUCAAACAACACCCAUAACUCCAAGAACAGUUGGUAAAAGCAAGACAAAUAUAUCUCCUGUAAAGUGUUUAACUCCAGAUAAGGAAAAGGCAAUCAGAAAACUCCUGGAAAAGAAAUCUAUUUCAGUGGUGAAACCUAUGAAGCAUAGCAGUCCUGCAGCUUCUAGACUAAUCCAAUCCCCUGAAGAGGAAAAGCCCUCUAGUUCUCAACAUUUGGUACAACUUAGAGCUGCUGAUGAUAAGGUUGGGGAAAUAGAGAAGGUUACAAUGGCUAGAUUUUCUGCUGUUGUGUCCAAACCAUCUUCUGUCCAGAAAACAUUGUUUGAAGAUGUUACUCCUGUCAAAGAACCAGCUCCAGCUUUUGGGUUGAACAUAAAACCACCUGAAACUGGUGUUCUCUCAUCCUCUACUGGAGAUCUUAGUUUUAUGAACAAACCUCAGAGUAGUCCUAUCUCCAGUUUAUCAAUUAAACCUACUUCAACUUCAUCCUUGACAAGUUCUACAAUCUCCUUGCCGACAUCUGCCUCAAGCAUCCCAUUUUCUUUUGCUCCCUCCAAGACUGUUACUCCAACACCAAAACAACCCACAAGUGAAAAACCAGUUUUAACAGACAAGAUCAAACCUGACAAUUCUGGAUUAAAACCUUUUGAUUUAAGCUCUGCAUUAUCCAAGGCAGGAAGCACAGCAACUCCUGGUAUUGGAUUCUCAUUCUCUGAAAGUAGUACUAAUAAAGAAUCUAAUACAUUUCCUGGUUUCAAGUCAGCUGUUUCAGAACCUUCUAAGCCAGCUCCAUCUGGAGGGCUUCCUUUUGGUGGCAGCAUCACUUCCUCUCAGCCAUCUUUAGGUUUCAGUUUUUCUGGGCCUAAAGAGACCAUUCUUACAGAGAGAACCAAACUUGUACCUUCUACAAAGCCCACAACUGUGACAAAGCCCGUAAUUACUACUGGUGAAGGUGUUAGUAAGCCUUCCCAAGCACAAGCUGCGGUGCCUAAACUUGUCUCAGAUCCAGCAAAACAGGUGGAAACCAAACUUGCAGCGGUUUCAGUAUCCACUGCUCCCAGUGCAGGUGCUUUAAUUUUUGGAGGGAGCAAGUCCUCUUCAGGGUUUAGUUUUUCAACUACAUCAGCUCCAACAUCAGUAUCUUCAUCAUUAACUCCAUCUGGCCUGAGUUUUGGAGGUACAUCUGCCCAGUCUGGUUCAGGCCUUGAUCUUUCCAGAGCAUCUACUGAAACAUCAUCAAGUACUUCCGGAGGCAGUUUUGGUGGAAAAACUGUGAUAUCCAGUACAAAUCCAGUAACCUCCCAAAGUUCUACUACAAGUUCUAUAUUUGGUGUAACUCAGGCCAGCAGCACUGGUGGGUCUAUGUUUGGAGGAUCAGAAAAAUCAGCUUUUGGAUCAGUGACAUCAGCUCCUGCAACUGGAACAGCCUUUGGUGGAGCAGGAACCUCAGUUCUUGGUGGUUUACCUUCAAAUCCUUCUAUUGUUGUAUCAACUACAGCUUCAACGACUACUACUUCUUCAGUGUCUUUAUUUGGUGUUAGCAAUACAACAAAGUCGACAUCUCUCUUUGGAGGCAGCAGUGGGGGACCCUCUAUCUUUGGAGGAAGUAGCAAAGGAUCAGGCUUUGGAUCUGUUGCAGAAACUAAACCAGAGACCAGUUCUGCUGGAGGCUCAAUAUUUGGAGGAGCUUCAGCAUCCAGCGGAAUAUUUGGGGGUAGUGCUUCAUCUCAACCAUCUAGUUCAGCUUCCAUCUUUGGUGGUUCUUCCACCCAAACAACUGGAAGUGUUUUUGGCGGAGUUUCACAACCUUCCAGCGCCAGUGCAUCAAUAUUUGGAGGAGCCAGCUCUACUUCAAAUAGUGUCUUUGGAGGAGGAAACACUACAGUAAGUUCUCCUUUUGGAGGAAGUGCUAGUACAGCUAGUUCUCCAUUUGGAAGUGGAACUAAAUCUUCCGGUAGCAUCUUUGGAGGAAAUACCAACACAGGUAGCACCCCAUUUGGAGGGAGUUCAACAUCAACACCAUUUGGUGUAACCUCUUCAGCUGGAGCAUUUGGUGGAAGUUCCAAUGCUUUUGGCGGGACUACAUCAUCCUCAACUAGUUCCCCCUUCUCUGGAGGUGCCUCGUCCUCUGGAUCCAUAUUUGGAGGGAGUUCUGGAGGAGGUUUUUUUAGUGGGUUGGGAGGAGCAUCAUCCACCGCUAGUCCUAAUCAAAAUCCUUUUGGUUCUGCUCCUUCUGGGGCUCCAACCUCUGGAACAAAUCUAUUUGGAGGCUCAUCAGCCAGUACAUUUGGAGCAACUAGCUCCAAAUCUGGCGGGUUUGGAUCAGCUGGCUCUUUCUCAGGAGGUAAUGCGAGUAUUGGGAGUCAAGGAUUUGGAUUUCAAGGUGGAGCUACCCCAUCCAAACCUACCUCUGCUUUUGGUGCUUCAUCUGGAUUUGGUGCUGCUCCAGCUUUUGGAUCUCCACCGGCAUUUGGAUCUACUCCAGCAUUUGGAUCAUCUCCGGCAUUUGGAGUAGCUUCAACCACAGGAGCAGCUCCUGCGUUUGGUGGAGGAGCUUCCUUUGGUGGCACUGCCUUUGGAGCUGGAAAAGUAGAUUCUGCUCCUACUUUUGGUGCACUAGCGGGUAGCAGUGGUGGAUCAACAUUUGGUGCAUCUACUUUUGGAGCUCAACAAUCCUCUGGGUUUGGUGGGUUUGGAGGAGGUAGUGGAGCAGCUCCUGGGAGCCCUCCACCUCCUGGCAAACAAUUUAAUUCUUGGCGCUAAAGAAACCUUCAAGAUGGACGGACCAAUAAAAUCCUGGCUGCUGGAUCUAAACAUUAAAUCCUCAUUCACUUUUCUUUUCACAUAGUAUAAUUCAUCCAUAACAUUUAAAAUUCUGUAUAUUGACAGGUCACAGAACAAAAUAAUUAAAUAAAUAUUUUUUCA